AUGCCGGCGUCGGAAGCGCAGAGUCAGGGAGCCGCCGAGAGGGACGGAGCUAGCAGUGACCGCGUGGCGUCCACCAUCGCGGCAUCCCUCCUGUCUCUCGCCGCUCCCAAGCCCCUCGUUUCGUUCCUCCGCUCGCCGCUCCACGCCGCGCUGCUGUGCCUCCCCGUCGUCGCGUUUCUCCUCCUUCUCGUGCGACAGCCCGUCGCCGUGGAGCACCUCGCGAUCCACUCGGUCGAGGAGCAAUAUCGAUUGGAGUCGCAGGGAGAGCAGAAGGGAUCCCCAGCGUCGCAAGAUUCGCCAGCGUCGCACGAGCAGCUUCAGCGACGAGUUGACGAACUGCUGGCCUCAUGGGCUGCUCAGCUCGCGAAGUCGUCGCCGACCGUCCCAGAUCCAGUCGCAAGCGACACAGAAGGCUCCAGACAGCGUGUCGCGUCACCUCCGCCCGGAAUUGCAGCAUCGCCAGCAGCGCUGGUUUCGGCGCCGCAUUUGGCGGACUGCACGGCCAAUGCGCGCGUGCACGCGGAGGAGCAUUGGGCCAGCCGCCCCGCCGAUGGCUCCGACCCGCCCUGGGCCGCCCUCCGACGCUAUGCGGGCGCGGGCGAGGGGGAGGGGGCGGAGGAGGGGGUCGGGGAGAGGGAGGGGGAGGGGAGUGGGGACGCGGAAAAAGGGGGAGAAGGUGAAGGGGGCAAGAGGGAGAGUGAGAUAGGCGGGAGCAGCGCAUGGGCAGUGCGGAGAGAGGAGGAUGUGGCGGAGCGGAGAGGAGAGGCGCGCAGGGAUGUGGCGGUGGUGGAAGGGCCGUUUCCGCCGUGGGUGGAGGGCGCAGACGCGGACAACUACCCACUCACCCGCCUUGUGCAGCGCGACCUCUGGCGCCACCAGUUCCUGCUGGCGCCAGUAGGGGGCAGCGCGCGGCAUGGGCUGGGAACGCAGAUGACGCUGCUGGCGGGCGCGCUGGCGCUGGCCGUGCGCAGCGGGAGGGUGCUGGUCAUUGCUCAUGCGGGGGCGAGGGGCAGGGGGCGCGGGGGCGUGGGGCUGCUGGGGGGCUUUGAGCGCGCGGAGCACGAGGGGUGUGAGCGCGAGGGCAUGCGCGGCGAGUGGCGCUGCUACUUCCUUGCAGAGACGUCCGACGAGUGCAGGCGCCGCGCACACUCAUUGGCCCGGCGCGCCGCGUCCUUCCAAGGCGCCCACCCGCUGCUCGCCACCACCAAGCACCCCUCCCUCGCCGCCCCCACGCCCUUUCAACAGGCGGGAGGCUCAGGGGAGGGACAGGGGGAUGAGCAGGGCAGAGGAGAGGAAGAGGGGGCAGAGGGGGAGAAUGGGGGGGAAGAGGAGUCGGGCGGCAGGCAGCGGCGGCGCAAGAGGGGGACGCGGCCGCUGUUCUUCCCAGCGGUGCCGUCGCGGUGGGGGCAGCCAUGGCUGGCCAUCCCGGGCGUGGUGGAGGCGGAGGGGCGCCUCAUCGUCACCAACCGCAUGAACAACACGCACCGCUGGUGGCGCGCCCAGGCGGCGCGCUUCUUCCUGAGAGCGCCCUCGUCGCGCCUCUGCCGUCUGCUCAACGCCCAGCGCCACCUGUCCUAUGGCCGCCUCGCCGCUGCUGCUGUCGCCCAGGCUGAGCUCGCUGCCUCUCAGGCGGACGUGGUACUAUCACAGGGUUUAGCUCAGGCAGACGUGGCUGUGGCACAGGCUGACGCUACUGUAGCAGAGGAAGAUCAGGCUUUAGGAGAUGGGGAGAUGCCAAACACUGGGUUGCGUGCCUCUGCUGCACUGACCGCUGGUCCAUCUGACAGCAGCUCACUGUGGAAAAUCCCACCUGGCCCCAUGGAGCGGCAGCUGUGGUGGCGGGUGCGGGUGCCGUGGGUGCCACGGGCGCUGGUGAGCAUGCACGUGCGCAUGGGCGACAAGGGGCGCGAGAUGCGAGUGGCGGGCGCAGCGGAGUACGUGCGCCUGCUGCUGCGCGUGCGCCGCCACGACCCGCACGCCCGCUUCGUGUGGCUCGCCACUGAGAUGCAGCCCGUGGUGGAGCAGCUGAGCGGCAUGGGCGGGUGGAGGUGGUUCACCACAGCAGUGCCACGCAUGGCGGGCAAUGACAGCAUGCCUGCAUACGAGAGAGCAUUGGGAGUGCAGCGCAGCACGGACAAUGCGUUGGUGAACCUGCUGCUGGCGGGCGAGGCGGACUACUUCAUCGGUGCGCUCGGGUCGUCCUGGUCCUUCCUGCUCGAUUCGCUGCGCUGCACCGCGGGGAAGAUGCGCCGCGGCUUCCUUAGUGUCAACGUUUCUCCCCGCUGGUAA